UCAGUGAACGCCCCUUCUUUUACACAAAGAGCAGGAUGCAAAACAAAGCCCGGAAGCUUCCUAUUCCUUCUGUAUCCAAAAGGCUUUUAUUCCCCGUCUGGAUCCAGGAAAGCGAUCUAAUUUUCUUUUAGUAAACAGCACCUCUGUGGGACCAGCUGCUCCUGAAGAGGAUUUUAAUCUGGAAAGUGUCAGAGAACAGCGGCUUUAACUGAGAAAAGGGCGUCUCAUGGACGGGAGUUUGAGCAGAGCGGACUGUCGGGCUGGCGCUGACGCGUUCGCCGCAGAGGGGCUGCCGCCGCUGCCCAAGAGCCUGGGCGGGAUCCUGAACACCAGCGGCGGGUCGUGGAGGGACAUCCAGAAGAUGCACAGCAAGAGGAGCCGCAUCCAAGCCGAGAUCAGCUGCCGAGGAGGCAGGGAGGCGGCUGCGGCCAAGCCGGGCGGACUGGACGCUGCGCUGGCGCUCCUGCGCAAAGAGAUGGUGGGUCUACGCCAGCUCGACAUGUCCCUGCUCUGCCAGCUUUGGUCUCUCCACGAAGCCAUCCAAGAAUGCAAGGGGGAAGCCUCCUUCACUGCUGACAACGGAUACUCUGAGGACGAAGAGGAGGAGGAGGAGGAGGAUGAAUUAGAGGAGAAAGGAGAGGACAAAGCAAAAAAAUCUUCUCAGUCUUCCCCCUGUAACUCCUUUUAUUUUCACUAGUAAAGCUCCACACAUGACAUGGCAUCUUUAUCUCUCCACAUUCUUUUCAGUCAGAAAGCAAUCAGUGCCUGUUUUGUUAACUAAUGUGUUUUCUACUCCCAAAUCACCUAAUCUGAGAUCACCUUUAUUGUCCUGACAACGCAGCAGUGGCCUUUACCUUCUUUUUAAGACAGACGUUUGUUAAUUCUGCCACUCUAAUUGAUUAGUUUUGUCAGCGUGUAACGACACAUCAUGCAGACCAUCCAUCAAUUACCUGAUAGAUUUCCACACCUUUUUUAUGUAUCCCCCUCAUUUGGACUUUUAUACUGGAUUUAAUAAAUUAUUAUUAUUAUUUA